CUGUUCAGGCCGCAACUUUUAAAGGUUAAACUCAUGUCGGAUUAUUCUACAGUGAUGGUUAUUAAGUGUAUGAUGUUGUGGUAACCGUUUUCUUUUGGGUCCUUUAUCUCUGGGCUCCUUCAGAGACCGUGUGUCCGAACCGAAUAGCGAUCGAUUCCCGCGAGGAGAAGGGCUUCGACCUCCUGCUUCAUUUGAACUUGGCCAAAAAGACCCGAAAGACACAGGGGUCGUUUUACGGGACUAGAGCCUAUGAAGUAACAUCUCGUGUUGAUCUGAGUGACUCAACAAGGUCCCUGUUCCCCGACGGCCUGCCGCCCUCCUACGUCUUCGUCUCCACCCUUAAGUACGAGGGCUCCGUGACCAUGGAGGAGUGGGAUCUGUGGCGGGUGCAGACAAAGACGACAAACCUCAGAUGGCCGUGACGCUGAACGGAGCGGACUACACGGUGGCGUUCACCACCACCAGCGAGGCACCCAGUGGCAUCCAGACCGUGACGUUCUCGCCAAAGACCGCCAGGGUCCUGUUUGAUGAGAGGUGGCACCAGCUCAGACUUCUGGUGACUGAGGAUGAUGUGACGCUGCACGUGGACGACCUGGAAGUGGAGACGCUGCCCUUGGAUCCCCCUGUUGGGAUCUUUAUUAACGGGAAAACCCAAGUGGGGAAGUACGUCAGCAAAGAAAACCACCGUACCGUGGACUGCCUGGCAUGA